GGCGAGCGGCGGAAGAAGAGCUCGCAGGGUGUCCUGCUGAUCCAGGGUGACCCGUACCAGGCGCCGGAGCGCGUGGCCCGCCUGCACGGUGAGCUGGAGCGUUUCCGAGCGCAGGUGGAGUCCUUGGAGCGGCCGUCGGACGGGGAGGGCGGCCUGUCGGUGCUCGACGCCCGCUGGAAGGAGUUGCAGGACCAGCAGGAGAAGGACGCCCGCCAGCUGUCCAUCGCCAUCGCCCGCUGCUACACCAUGAAGAACCGCCACCAGGAUGUCAUGCCAUACGACCUAAACCGCGUGGUGCUGCAAUCCGGCAAAGACGACUACAUCAACGCCAGCUAUGUGGAGGAGCUGUCGCCGUACUGCCCCCGCCUCAUCGCCACGCAGGCGCCGCUCACCGGCACGGCGGCCGACUUCUGGCUGAUGGUGUACGAGCAGAAGGUGUCGCUGGUGGUCAUGCUGGUGUCGGAGCAGGAAGUAGAGAAGGGGAAAGUCGUGCGCUACUUCCCGACGGAGCGCGGCCAGCAGCUCUCCCAGGGGCCAAUCACACUCAGCCUCACCACGCAGAAGACCACGCCCACUCAUGUGGAGCGAAUGAUCAGCCUGCAGUACCGUGACCAGAGCCUGAAACGCACCGUUGUCCACCUGCAGUUCACCUCCUGGCCCGAGCUAGGUCUUCCUGACAGCAAGAGCAGCCUGCUGAGCUUCAUCCAGGAGGUUCACGGACACUACCUCCACCAGAGGCCGCUUCACACACCUGUGGUGGUGCACUGCAGGUGAGUGUGUGACGCUGAUGACGUCACUGCAGGAGGGUUUCCGUCGCAGAUUUGCAGAAAAGCUGAAGUGAUAUUUAAUAAAACUGAUAAAACUCACGGAGCUGACUGUGUUUCCACUGAGUGAUGCUCUGCCACUUCUCCUCUGAUA